CUCCUCACCAAAAUCUAUGCCUUAUGCGGAAUCCACACAUGUGUCUCCUUGAUAACUAUUUGCGACGAACGUCGGGCAAAAAUGGUUCUACCCUCCAGUUUUCUCAGCUGGCUCAGUCAAGAUGCAACGCCAGCACCAAACACAGCGUACUUGCUUAAUCUUCUGGUCCAUGUUCUACCGACAUUUGCUGCUGUAGCAAUGCUAUCCCAGGAUGCUGAAUGCCACAACUCGAGUGGUAGAAUUGGAGAUAAUAUUUUGAACCGUCGUGAAUUUAAUCAGGAGUUUCAUAUCAAAACUGUCGCCCUACAUGCAAUUCUUACGAACAUUGACCUCAAUUCAAUAAAUGCAACUGCCGAUUUGGAUUCAGCUCUAUUACAGGUUCUCGAUAUUCUGGAAAAUUCAUUCGUUUCAUGGACUGGCAAUGCUAAAAAGAUAGCUGAUGAUCUCGGCCUUCAAAGGCAAAAGAAUGUCGUAUAUCCGAAACUCUGUGCUCUACGAGAGCUGCUACCUGACUACAAAUCACCUGCUUCAUUUAACAUCUUAAACUCUCUCACACAAAUUACACGCACUUAUAGCAAUAGUGUCUCAAAGCGUGAAAAGAUACUUAACACCUUCGACGGUGCGUUCGCUACAGCUCAAUCACUGCUACCCAACAUCGAAUCCAGGGUGGAUUGCCCGUUGUUGUUACUAGACUACCCUGCCAAGGGCCAACACGAGUGUUCUGAAACGCUCUUCACAGUACUGAGGAAGCGUUGGAUAUGUGAAUGCAACAGUUUACUACACCUUGGCCGACCUAUGAAGCUCAACCUGACACAGCACCAACGCUUCGAAAUGGAAAGAGUAAGCGGGUGUGAAGAUGUUGGCAAUCAGGCGCAAUUCCGCCUUCUAUUUCCAACCAGUGCUGGGUCUUUGCGUUGGCAGCACGCAGAUAUUGCUGUUAAGAUGACCGGUCCUAUCAAUACUGAGGUCGAAAUUCGUGGGAAUCUAUGUCGCAUAAUAGACGAAGCCAAGCCAUGCAUUAUCCCAAAAAUGUGUAUAUUCCAGGAGAAACUUUGGAAAGACCGAUAUGAACGAGCAGGCGAUUCCCUUCUCAAAAUACCUAACGGGGAGUUCGAAACCCUGGAGCAAUUACUCGAACCAGGUCCUGGAAGAAGCCUCUCACAAAUAGCAGCAAUCGAUAUGAAAGAGCGUCUCAGGCUUUCAUUUAUCUUAGUGACGUCAUUCUUUCACAUCUUCGGCAUCAAUCAUUUGUGGAUGAAAGGACCUCUCACGAGCAAUAACAUAUGUUUCCGGACAUGUAUACAAGACUUCAGUAUCAUGAAGCCAUAUUUGGAUGUAUUGUUUGUGGAACAGACUCCUAAAAAUAACGUCCAAAGAUUGGAUGAUAUUCAUUGGAUUCCUAACCUUCUCGCUUUGGGCAUUUUAUUGCUUGAAAUAUGUCGUGGUAGUAGAUUGGAGAUUUUUCCUGGAGACGAUCUAUGCUUUACUGCUAUGGAAGUGUUUGAAAAGUGGCGUACCGUUAAAGGAAAGUACUGCUCAACUGAAAUACCACAGGCUUGCUUUGCAGCUAUUCUCGCUUGCAUCAACCCAGAUGAACUUCGAAGAGGCAAUCUACAUAAAAAUACAACUGGAGACGCCGAAAUCCGCAACUAUAUUUUCAGACGGGUUCUAUACCCUCUGGGCGAUACGCUCUCCAGCAUAUACAAGAUUUCAUUGCAUCAACUUCAUGAAGAUAUAUCUGAAGCAUUUGACUCUAGCGGGCACGGCACUGGCAUGCCAGAUUCUGGAAAACGCAUGGCAGGCAGGAUAUGGAGACGCAAUCUCAAGACCCUCCAUAACAUUUUCUAUCAUCGCCGUUUCAAGUCUCAUCUACAUAUUCAUCCACGAUCGGCAUCGGUCAAAAUUGCUGUUCUUGACACCGGUUUUCAAGUCAAUGAAGCAUUGCUAGCAAACCUCAUAGACGCAGGGCGCAUCGCAAGUGCAGAAUGUAAACGGUUUUGUCGCCCAGAGCACGAUUUGGAAACCUGGAACAUCGAUGUAGAUGGCCACGGGACAUAUGUUGGUCAAAUAGUUCUCGAUGUUGCCCCUACUGCUCAAUUAUACGUGGCAAAGGUGCUCCAGAGGCGUGAAGAUCUUUCUUCUCAAAAGCUGACAACUAUCGUUCAACAAAACAUCGCUGAUGCAAUAAUAUUUGCAACCGAAACUUGGAAUGUCGAUAUAAUCGUUAUGAGCUUUGGCUUCGAAAGAAAGGUCCGCGUCAUCAGCAAUGCUAUUAGACAUGUACGGAAAUCAGAGAAGCCGCCGUUGAUAUUUGCUGCGACGAGAAAUGACGGAGCAAACAAAGGCAUCGCGUGGCCAGCAUCAGACAUGGAAGUUUUUGGUGUUAAUUCGACGGAUGGCCUGGGCUCACCAUCGCCAUUCAACCCAGCAGAUGAAGGCUCAGAUACAAUUGUCUAUGCGUUUGGCGAGGGUAUCAGUGUUGAACCUCCAGCCGGGAAUCCAAACCUAGCGGCAAACAAAGAGAUCUCGGGGACGUCGUUUGCAACUGCUACAGCUGCUGCUCUUGUAGCAAAUCUCCUUGGAUUUGUACGUCUUGCGUUGCCCGCAUGUUCCCCAGAGGAUCGUGAAAUCUAUUCGAACAUACCCAAUGACCUAAUGGGAAUGAGCGACAUGUUGAAGGUUAUGAAGAAAUGUAUGAUGAGAGAACAUCAAAGUGGUCAAAGCAGCUUGUUGCCAUGGGACUUUUUAAAUACGACCGGAAUAGAGGGAAAUACCAUUUUGAAGAAGAUUUACGAAACGAUAGAGACAUAAAUAAGCGAAAGAUAUUUUACAUAUCACACAACACACCCCGCCUGAAUUUCCAUUGGUAAAACACUUUUAAGACUUGCAAGUUUUUCAUUCAUGUGAGAACAAGAUAGUUGAGUUAUAGAACCCAUUGUUGUUCUGUAUACCAAUGUACGAUAACUUAGAAUAUAUAAGAAAGCGAC